AUGCUCCGCCACUCAAAGGAUUUACAGAUGUGCCGCAAGACGGCCGGCACCGCCCUCGGCUACGUGUGCCGCCUGCACGAGGGUCGCUGUGUCAUUUGCGACCUGCAGUUCAGCGAGAUCGUCGACACAAUGCGCGAGGUGCACCUCUGCGAAGACUGCAGUGUAGUGGCUGCCGAAGGUGAGGAGGCGUGCAUCAUGUGCGGCUCUCGGCGAGUGACCGAUGUGGCCUACUACUGCCCUUACUGCGUAGCCUUGGAAAAGGACAGGGAUGGCUGCCCACGCGUGUUGAACCAGACGCGCCAGCAGCGAUUGGCUGCUCUCCGUGCCGCUGUAUCGCAGUGA